AUGACUGUCAACAAUGAGCGCGAGCCGGAUAAGCGCCGCAUUCUGUCUACCUCGAUGACCGAUCUCAGCAGUCCGUUAGAUAUCAAGGCGGACCGACAAGCGACAAAUGAGGUAGAUAGCAUUGAGGAGAGCUUGCUGGGCUACUCUGAUCCUCAUGGAAUCCCGCAUGGCCUGUCGCGAUCAUCGUCCUCUUCUUCCGAAAGCCCAACAGACGACUAUGCGCAAUCCCAUCGCGACCCAUGGCGGUCGCAAAGUACCCAUCAAUCUCUGCUCAGCGCUUCCGACUCAGGACCGUCUCAUACAGCCUAUUUGACCUCUGUAUCACAUCAGACUCCCGCAUUCGAAGACUUCAAAGGGGAUCGCACUCCACCCAAACAAAGCGCGUAUUCUUCGCUGCCCUCCUCGCCUAAGCACGAAAGAGAUUUUGACUUUGGUCGUACGGCAGUCGGCCUUGGGCUUCCUCCAUUCGGUGACAAGCUUGGACGUCUGGAGCCGCGUGCAGAGUCUACAUCGGAUUCAGAAGACCUGGAGCAAUACUGGGAGGCCGCAAAUGUCAGAUCAGGCAAUGAAACCCCUGCAUCAUUGUCGAACAUUCGACAAAGAGUGCCCCCUCAAUCCAGUUUGGACACGACCACAGCAAAUGACGCACACAUACACGAGCCGCUAUCGUCACCGACUCAACCGCGCGAGAUCCCCUCACUAUUCGAGCUCAUCUACGAUGAGGCUGGAGCUGAAGAAUGGGAUGGUUGGAUCGUUGACGGCAGAUGGGAACGUAUAGGAAACUUUCUAGCGGUCCCCUUUGCCGUUGAGCAACUCACGCUCUUCGGGGCAUUACUAUGCUUGGACGGGUUCCUCUACAAUUUCACGGUCCUGCCAAUCCGCGCAGUCGUAGCAACUUCGCAGAUCAUUCGCCGGCGUAUACGCCUGGAGCCUUGGUGGCCGGUUCCAGCUAGUCAUCUGCAUUCUAUGAUCCGAGCAUUAUUGCUGUUCAUUCCGGCUCUGGUACUUUCACUGGCUAGUGACACGAGUAAAAUGUAUCACUCAGUCCGAGGCCAAGAUACUAUAAAGCUCUACGUCAUCUUCAACGCGCUUGAGAUAGCCGACAAGCUAUGCGGAGCCUUCGGUCAAGACGUCUUAGAUACCUUGUUUGCGAGAGAUACACUUGCACCCGUCUCGAGGAAGGUCGGCGUAGGGCGCAAACGCCAGCAAGCCAGACCUUUCUUCUUCUUCAUGCUCUCGCUCGGCUACGUCUUCCUUCACACCCUGGUCUUCUUCUACAUGCUCAUUUCUCUCAACGUGGCGAUCAACUCUUACGACUACACGCUACUCUCACUACUCAUAAGCAACCAGUUCGUCGAGAUCAAGGGCUCUGUCUUUAAAAAGUUUGACAAGGAAAACCUACUUCAAAUUAUGUGUGCUGACAUCGUGGAGCGUUUCCAACUGAGUUUGAUGCUUUCCGUCAUCGCCAUUCGCAACAUGAUCGAGAUGGCGGGCUCAGACUUGGCCUAUCUGCCGAAAUCUUUCAGCGCUGGCAAAUCAUUGCUAGACGCCAUCAUGUCUCCCGUUGUGUUUGUCAUAGUGUCAGAAAUGCUCGUCGACUGGCUGAAACACGCAUUUAUCACAAAAUUCAACCACGUCCGUGCAAGCGUUUACGGACGCUUCACAGACGUUCUUGCGAAAGAUGUGCUCGCAGUUAAUACCAUGAUCGUCAACCGAUCUCAAACGACAAGGCGAAGCCGACCGCUAUUAAUGGAUCAAUCGCCUCUCGUAGCUCGACGGUUAGGCUUUGCGUCUAUUCCAUUGAGCUGCCUUGUGCUCAGGGUCGGCGCUCAAGCCAUCAAGAUGCUGGUCAACCCGACACACAAUGUUGAAGACGUCUCUCAGUCGCUCUUGGCAUCUUGGACAUGGUGGAUGGUCAAGUGGUCGGCGGGCUCCGUUGUCAUAGUUGGAGCCUGGGUUUGCUUGGUCGUCUUCAAAGUACUCUUGGGUCUAUCUCUGCUCAAAUAUUCCUUGAGACGACAGGAUGGCAUGGACACGAGGGAAGCUGAGGACGUUGUCAAUGAUGCUGGCAGGUCACAGGUUGGAGUUGGCCGAGAAGAAACGGCAUACCUUCGCCAGGUAUCACAACACCUCUCAAAGUCUGAAGACGACCUUCCUGAGUAUCCAAUGCCAUCGUCAAACGUGCAGUUCCCGAUAGACAGUCGGGAUCACCCAACAUUGAAUCUAGAAGGGACGCGCGGACCUGUAGCGGACAAGGCAAAACGGAAGCAAUGGAAGCUUGAGGAAGUUGAGAGAUGGACAAUGGUAAAGAGGAUCUGGUGA